GCACAGACAUGCAUUAAAGAGGAGGGGGGAUAAAGUAGUGCCCUGCAGACUGACAGACACAAUGGCAGUGACAGCAGCUCGCCGUUGAUGCUCUCCCCUCGCUGCUGCAUGUGGCCUUUGAACCCAUUGUUGUGUCGCGGGUGACGUCAGUGCCGUGUGCGGGAGACGGAGCGGCGUGCGCCUGGCGAGACAAAGGCGGCGGACCGACCGGGGUCAGGCAGCAGCAGCAGAGAGCCGAGAACCACUGUUUUUUUUUUUUUUUUUUUACUAAAAGGUAACUGCUAACCUUGGAUUUUCAGCUGCGGCGCGUGUCGGUACGCAGAAUGAAGACCCGGUGACACUCCCAGGAAUAUGCUGUGACUCUCCUGAAAGAGGAAAAAAACAACACUGCCCUCUCUUCGGUUUUUAACGUUUUUCUCCUACGCCCCCCCGUUUAGCGUGCUAGCUAGCUAACCGUGCUAGCUCCCUAGCGUUGGUCUCCUCCUCCUCCUGGCUGCUUCUCAUCUUUCCCUCAAAAACUGGGCGACGGGCGAAGGGAGGAUCUCGUCGACAAAGGCAAGAUAAAAAGAGGGUGAGCUCACUCCCAACACACAGGCAUCCGUGAUCUGAUGUGAGAUCCACGGAGAGACUAUGCCUAGCCCUUUAUUCCACCCCGAGAUUAUGGACCACGACGUGGUGAUCAGCAGCCAGCACAACGGGGUCGGUCUGCCCCGAGAGACGGACCAGGAGUCCCGGGAAGAGGACCACCAAGAGGCGCUCCGCUUCGCCCUGGACCAGCUGUCACUCAUGGCCCUGGAGAAGGUGGACUGUGGGGGCGGCGGUGGCAGCGGAGGCGGCGGGCUGGUCGACACUCUGGAUGGGACCCAGGGUCCCGGCUCUGAGGGCUGCAACGGCGUGGGCGGAGGGGGCUACGUGGAUCUACAGAUGCUGGAGCAUCCCAACGGGUCCCGGGACUCGCCGACGUCCUGCUCUCCGUCCCCGGAGUACUACGGCUCGGGCGGGUACCACAUGGCCGGCUCGCACCCCAUGCUCCACGGGGAACAAAGCUCCGUCCUCUGCAGCAGGAAAAGAAGUGUCAACAUGACUGAAUGUGUGCCUGUGCCCAGCUCUGAGCAUGUGGCAGAGAUAGUGGGGAGACAAGGUUGUAAGAUCAAGGCCUUACGUGCCAAAACAAACACUUACAUAAAGACUCCAGUCAGAGGCGAGGAUCCGGUGUUCAUUGUGACGGGACGCAGGGAGGAUGUGGAGAUGGCCAAACGUGAAAUUGUCUCCGCCGCUGAGCAUUUCUCUAUGAUCCGGGCGUCCCGCUGCAAAGCCGGAGGGCCCGGAGGAGGAGGCGGCGGCUCCCUUCCCGGACCGCCACACUUACCUGGACAAACCACCAUACAGGUGCGGGUGCCCUACAGAGUAGUUGGGUUAGUUGUUGGACCAAAAGGAGCAACUAUCAAGCGCAUCCAGCAGCAGACUCACACCUACAUCGUGACGCCCAGUCGAGAGAAAGACCCGGUGUUCGAGGUGACCGGCAUGCCGGAGAACGUGGACCGAGCGAGGGAGGAGAUUGAGACCCAUAUCACCCUGCGAACUGGAACCUUUGUAGACCUGCAGGGAGACAAUGACUUCCACUCCAACGGCACUGACGUCAGUCUAGAGGGCCUCGGCGCCCUGAGCGGAGGCCUGGGGGCAUCUCUGUGGUCCAGGGCUACCGGCCACCAUUCUGCCCCCCCUCCUCCUCCACCCUCCCCACCUCCUCCUCCUCUCCCCAUGUCCAUGCACCACUCCUCCAGCCGGAAGAUGUCCUCAUCAGUUGCCUAUCACACGCACAACGGCGGGAUGAGCUCAGACAACUUCAGCACCACUCGCAAGGCCAAUGAGGGCGGCAGCCCCACGAGCCCCUUUAGCACAGGCUCCAGCAGCGCUGGAGGAGGAUUCACUUUCGGGGGCGACUCCACCCCAGGGCUGCCCUCGUCAGAUGAACUGGGCUUUGAGUUCAGCGCUGCCAACAUCUGGGCGCCUUUCGUCAACGGUGGAACAGGCAAUAAGACGGGUGGCUCUGCCCAACAGCAGCCUCUACGUCGCAACAGCAGCGGCCUCAGCGGCGGAGCCAUCACUCCACGAUUGUCUCCAACUCUGCCUCAGGACACGGGCGUGGGCCCCCUGGAUCACCCAUUAGCCCGUCGUGCACAGAGCGACCCCCUCAGCACUCUCUCCUGGCUGCAGUCCGGCAGCGCAGGAGGCGGCUCCUUCUCCGGAGCGUCCAGCUCCAGCUCCGGCGGCUCGUCGACUGGCUACUCCUCCUGCUCGGCCUCCUCCCUGCCAGGCGGCUCGCCCACUGACUCCGAGGGAGGCGGCAGCGGCGUGGGCCUCAGCUCCGGGAUGCUGAGCCGACUGAAAGGCGGCUCCGGCCCCGGGGUCGCGGGCCUGGUCGGCGUUAGCCCCGGGAUCAACAGGGACUGCUUUGUGUGUUUCGAGAGCGAGGUGACGGCAGCCCUGGUGCCUUGUGGCCACAACCUGUUCUGCAUGGAGUGCGCUGGGCAAAUCUGCCAGUCAGCUGAGCCGGAGUGCCCCGUCUGCCACACCCCCACCACACAGUGCAUCCGCAUCUUCUCCUAAUGCCCCGGCAGGGGGGUGCGGGGCGGGGGGUAAAAUCUGAGGGAGGCAGGAAGAAGACUGGAGUGGGGCACCAGCUGUGGGAGAGGCGAUGGAAGGAUUCACACUAAUAACUUUCACACACACACGAUGGACCAUAAUAAAUGCAUAAUAGAGAUGAUGAUACUAUACGGAUGUUGAUUUAUUGCUGGUAACUGUCAAGAUUAAUAAUAAUAAUAAUAAUAAUAAUAAUAAUGACAAUGACUUAUUUUCAGAGUGAAGUUAAUUGAAACUGGUCUGCAGACAGUCGGAGCUCAGACAGUCUCUCAGUGGUGAACUUAUGGAAGGAAACUAGUGUCUUAUCUCUCUUCAGGCCUUCAUUUUGACCCGGAGCAGCCCGCGCCGCCGGCUGCCGGUCUGUCUUGACAUUUUCUUCAUUCUGGCUUCUUCAGAUCUCUGCCUGCUUUCUCUCUCACAGCCUUUCCUUUUGACACUUUUGUACUUAACAGAUAUUUUUCGAUGAAGCUGUCAAUGAGGCCUGCACUUUUCUACUCCUUAUUUUAAUGUUCUCAACAGGACGCAAACCGUUCCAAUAAAUCCUGCCCCCCCCCCCCCUUCUUCGCUUUCUCCUCUUGCUCUCACUCAUGCUGUUGCGGGGGGGUUGCUAUUUUUCUGGAACUUUUUUAAAGGUCGGCGUGUAGUCGGGCACCUAUCAGAACAAUAAGAGGGACCUCUUCGGGAUGACUUCCUGUUUCUCGUUGCCACACAAGAAUUAGCCAUCAGUUAUGCCAAAUGAAUGCUAUUAAUAGGCGUCUCUUAAUUCUUGAUCAAAUUCCAUAACUUGUGGGAUGAAUUUGAAUGCAACACAUUUCAGAUGUGGCUGCUGCAUUAGAUUCACAUGAUGUGUUUUAAUAAGUGAGAAACGUCCCAUCAGUGAUACUGUAGGAAUGUGUCUGAGGUCAGUUCUCUGUGCGUUUGGGCUGCCUGACAAUCCCUUUACAUCUCUCUUUCUUGUGUGUGUGCGUGUGUGUGAAUAACGCCCGCUCUUGCUGUUCAUCGGCAUCGUUACGUGUCUUCACCGUGAGAACGUCUGGUUUCUGUCCCGCUGCCCCUCUCCUUCACUUCACUCUGAGUCUCACAGGAAGGCUUUGCUCCGAUCCAUCCUCUCACAUCCCGUCUGUUACGCUCACAUCGACUCCGUUUAGCGUUUUCUACUAGAUUCUGACUCUUGACUGUCAAGUGUGUGGCUCGCAGACAUAUUUUGAACUCUAGGAUAAGAUAGGGCUUUUCUGAUGUCACACGUGAAUGUUCUGUCCAAUACGGAGAGGCGGCUGCACAUGAAACAAUAACAAGGGGCUCGAUCGAACCAUUUUUUCUUUUCAUGCACUGUAACUCCAGGCCCCUCUAAAAAAGGUUAAAAAAAACAGCUCUUAACUGUUUUUGUUUCGGUAGUUUCGGUCUUCCACCCCACUCUUCACAGCAAAACUGUAUGGCACUCUCUCAGAUGACACACGGUCCAUAUAGCGCUGUAUUCCCAGCCACAUUUGGUGCACUAUAUGUUUAGUUGUGUGAGAUUUGUCCUAUGUUUUCAUAGCAUUACUGAGUAACUCCCGUUGAUGCGGUCGCAUCCUGUUUUGUGUUAGUGGUUUUUAAAGAAUUCAGUGUGAGUUUGCAGUAACUGCCUCUUAUAGUGUUAAUACUGUAUGUAUGAUUUGGGCGAUGUUGGUUGCCGUCAGUGGCCCUUUUUUUUGGUUGAACAUGUGUGGAAAUCGGCUCAUAGAAUGAGACAAGCCAUGACGACAGAAUUAAAACGACACACCUAAUUCUCAAGGGCUUCCUCUGACUGCACAGACACACGAUCACAUUUUCAGGCUCACACGCAGUAGGUAUCCUUUAUGGCAGCUAGUAGCUAGGUCAUCCAGGGCUUCCAGACACUCUUUGUGUUCAAAUCCCAGCAGCUGCAGAAUGUUUUGCUCGUUGUUUUUAUUUUUAAUUAUUAUAUUUUCUAACUGUCCCUACACGGUCAUCACAUCGGGAUCCUGUCAGUAGGGCAUGCAGUCACAGUGUGUCCUCCUCUUCUGGACGUAGUCUCAGAUCAGGACAGGGUGUAGGGUUUUAAUGUCCAGGAAACAAAAGGGUAACUCUACUUGAGUGAGUAAUUGGGCAGUUGCUGCUGUGCUUUGGUGCUCCAGCCGGUAUGAUGUUAAACUUAUUUGCUGUCUGACUGUUCGUUUGCUACUUUAGGUGACGAGGGCAGCAGCUGCACAGAGGAAUCUAAUAAGCCGCUGUCCUGGUUGAGCGCAGCAGUGCACUAAUUCAUGUGUAGGAAAAAAACUCUGCCCCAAGAGCUGAACCGGUAGUGACGACUACCCAUGGUGCUUUGGUGCAACUCCCUACUGAAACAUGGCGAUGAACAAACCCCAGUUGGGGGCGGUGGGAGGCCUCUUAUAGCUCUCAGACUUCUGCAGUGCUCCGUAAAUCUGACAACCUCGUCUUGUUAACCGGCAAACCCACCCCCUCGUCGGGCUCUGGUGUCAAACGUCGCAUUUCGUCUCAUGCGCACUCGGAACAGAUGCAGGGCCGUGAACGUGUCCUUAUGAUCAGAUUCGUCGUGACUGUCGUGUGAGUCUGUUGAGGCCAACCUCGAAGCCCUUCUUCAAACUGUCCAAGUCGACGUGUUAAAGGAAUUAAACGUGUUGUAUUUACCAGAUGGCUCUAAUGUAAAUCCUGGUGUUGAACUGGGGUGUUUUUCUGGCCAAUGAGAGAAUGUUAGGGUUUAAUGUACAGUAGUUUCAUUGUUAAAAAGGUACAAAGUUUUUCAGAUUGACUGCUGAUUUUUAUUUUUUUUAGCCAAACUUAUCCCCCUCCCCCAUUUCCUUCCUUAAAGGUUUGAAAACAGGGUUUCCUGAGGCAUGCUAGCCAGUGACCUCUGACCUUUUUUUUUGUCAUUAGAGAGGGGGGGGGGGGGUGCGAAGAGAGCCACGCCAGAAAGGGGUGACAGACACCCCUUAAGCCUCCGCUCUCCUAUUUUUUGCUUUAAUUCUCUUUGUAUGCAGAACCAAAAUGUAAAACGUCGGCAAACUAGGUUCCAGGCCCGACCUGUGUGUGUAUAUACCCUGAAUACAAUCAACGGGAUCUUGUUUUCAAAAGCAAAAUGACUUAAUUGAAGAUAAGUGUAGUUUCUAAAGAACAUGUAUCAUUAUUUGUAAGUUAACCAUCUGCAUGUCUUCAAGCCACCUGGCAUUAGCUAAUAAUUUUUAAGAUAAAAAAAACAAAAAAACUUUUUACACAUUUUAUUUUUUACAAUUUAUUUGCUUACCUAAAUAUCCCAGACAAUAAUGUGACCCUUUUUAUUACUUCAAAUUUAUUUUUAUUUUCCAUUUUUUUAUUUUCCUUAUUUCCUGUGUACUACAUAUAGGCAAUUUAUAACAAAAUGAGAAAAUUAUUGAAGAAAUUUUAAAAUUGAAAUAUAUUUUAUUUGAAAGUUUAUGGACCUUUUAACCGUGAGCCGGGAAAAUUGUAUAAUCGUAUAAUUUGAGCUGACUUGACGGUUAUGAGAAAUGUAUCAAGAGUUUUAUUUUUUAUGCUUCUUUAAUAAAGUCUUGUUUUUUGGUUUCAUUUUUUUACUGUAAAAUAA